AUGUCGCUGAUAGACUUCGAUCAGUUCGUCCUGAUCAACUUAAAUUUGCAAUGGAACUUAUCUCUGAUGUUUUUAUUUGAGGCAGACAUAUUAUCCUUAAAUAGAUAUUCCAAAAUUAUAACUGAAGACCAACACCCUCCUCAACAGUCUCCACGAGAAACCAGAAAGCCACACUUUAACCAAUAUGCGCCACCUUGUGUCACCAAUACCGAACCAAAUAGACAAAUUUCAAGUCAAGGCUGGCGUCAAGGGUAUUACGUACCGGAAAUCGGUCAAGAACAGCAUGUCCAACAGCUACAACUAAUUCAUAAUUCAACCACACCGGAGGAACCCGCUAACACAAAUUUUACUCUUUCAGACUAUCGAACUCCAGUUUCAGAAAAGGACACAGAUUCUAAUCCCAAAGAUCUUGUUCAGUAUGUGUUAAAUUUUAAACCUAAUGAGGGUGUUUAA